ACGUGCUCCGCCGCCGCCCAAGCAGACGUGCUCCGCCGCCACUGCUGUGAUGAAGGCCAAGGUCCCUGCUAAGAAGUCCGAUGGAAAGGCACAAGCCUUGAAGGUCGCCAAGGCAGUCAAGGCCGGAAGUUUAAAGAGCAAGUCAAAGAAGAUCCGCACGUCUGUGACGUUCCACCGACCGCGGACACUCAAGAAGCCUAGAGACCCCAAAUACCCAAGAAAGAGUGCGCCUGGCAGAAAUAAGCUUGACCAGUACCAGAUCCUCAAGUACCCCCUCACUACUGAAUCUGCGAUGAAGAAGAUCGAAGACAACAACACCCUUGUCUUUAUCGUUGACCUCAAGUCUGACAAGAAGAUGAUCAAGGCAGCUGUCAAGAAGAUGUACGACAUCCAAGCUAAGAAAGUCAAUACUCUGAUCAGGCCUGACGGGAAGAAGAAGGCCUAUGUGAAGCUCACGCCAGACUACGAUGCUCUUGAUGUGGCCAACAAAAUUGGCAUCAUCUAAGUCUUGUUUUUUUAAGUCAGUGUGCUGCAGUUUCAGAUUUUUUGGUGGAUAAGUGUUUUGGGUAUCGAACAGAACUAUUUAGAGUUAAAUGUUGAGUAAUAUGUAGCUCUAAACCUUUGUUGGGCAAAUGUUCUGUGCACAUUCCAUUGAAUGCACUGGAAUCAAUUGUUUCCUAUGUUUCUAACA